GGCGCGGUUUCCGCGGGCGGUGCGAGGCGCGGCCCCGCCAUGGCGGCGCAGGGGGAGGACCCGCUGGGCUAUUUCGCGGCCUACGGCAGCUCCAGCUCCGACUCGGAGCCCGACGAGCCCCAGCCCGACGAGCACCCCGCGGGGACCGGCGCGGCCGUGGGGGGCAGCCCGGGCCGGCCGCGGCUGCCGCCGCCCGACGAGCUCUUCCGCCGGGUGUCGCAGCCGCCCGCCUUCCUCUACAACCCGCUCAACAAGGAGAUCGACUGGGAGAGCCGCGUCCUGCGGGCGCCCGAGGAGCCCCCCAGGGAGUUCAAGGUGUGGAGGAGCAACGCCGUGCCCCCGCCGGAGACCUACAGCCCGCCCGAGAAGCCGCCGCCGCCGGCGCCCGCCGUCGACAUGGCCAUCAAGUGGUCCAACAUCUACGAGGACAACGGCGACGACGCUCCCCGGCCGGCCGGCAAGGCCAAGUUCCUGCCGGACGAGGAGCAGGAGCCCCUGGAAUCGGAUGGUGAAAAAGAUGAUGAACCAGCUUCUGCUAAGAAACGUAAAGUAGACUCUGGAGAGCAGGCGAAGAAGAAGAAGAAGAAGGUAAUAUUCCUGGAAGCUCAGAGGAACUCCUGCAGGACUGGCUCAUGGUCCCUGUGCCAGAGCCUGGUGUCACCUCUGCCACCAGCUGGGCAGUCUGUUAGGCUGGGCAGGAAGAGAUGCCACCAAGGACUAUGUGCCAUAGUUUGUGCAGCCACUGAAGACUAGCAGGACAUCACACCAAUACAUCACAUGAGGCAUGAUGAGAUAGAAUAGCUGACUAAUAUUUGGGUUAAAUAUUUGGAAAUUCUUCCUGACCACAUGACUGGUGAGGCUGUUGGAAUAAUAGAAGGACCAUACCAUAUAACUUGAGGUAUUUAAACCGAGAUUCAUUUGAAUAUGAGCAAAUGGAGGAGACGUGUGAUUAAGGGAGCACAAAUGAGAAUCUAUCUUUUCACCUCCAUUUUCUUGGGUUCUGUUCUGUCUCCCAGGAGUGACUGAAUGUUGUGAUGGACAUUAAUAAUUCAAAGAAGCUUGACCAUGCCACCUUCACCUCAGCUGCUGUCCUUUUGUCAUUCCUUGUUAUGACAGAAGUGGGUGAGUGCUGGGAGCAAGCUGUCAGCAGAUGGUAGGCAGCAACUCUGGCAAGUUUGCAAAUGAGGUACUUUCCCUGCUGCAGCCAGCAGGAUCAACUAUUAAUCUCCUUGCUACACUGCUCUUUACAAGUCAAGAAAGCUCAUCAGGUCAAAACAUGUAGUCCAUACUGGCUGCAUGGAAAACUUUUUUCUCUGAUGAAACACAGUUUUAUUGAUAGGUGAACUCCAGGACAUGGAAAAAAACCUCCAUGAUUCCUUACCAUUAACUUCUCUGAUUGCUCCAUUUGAAGCACACACAAUGGAGAGAAAGAAGAGAAUAUUUCACAUGCAAUUCCACAGAUCUCUCAGCAACCUGAGUUGAUAUCCCGUGUUUCUCUGGCUUUUCUUCCCCCCAGUUUAUUUGGCUUUGUAACAUACAGGAUAACUAUAAUGAAAUUAUCAUAUAUGCACACAUAUACAUUUUUUGAGGUAUAAAAUUAUUUAGCUUAUGUGAAAGAGAAAAAUAGACUACAUCCUUUCACCUUGUGAAAGUCAUGUCAGAUUUUGCCUACAAAAACAUCUGUUGCUUAAAAUUUAAGAUUACAAGAACACAUCUUUAAGGCAUCCUUGUGAUUAUCUUAAGUACUUUGAGCUCAGCACACACUAUAUGCAAUUCUUAAAAAGGAUCAGUCUUCCCAUUUAAGGACCUUUCCACUUCUCUUUUUAAAUACUGCCUUUCCUGUUACCACACUUGGAAGUCCUCUAUACUUGACUCUGCCUUGAAACUCAGAAUUUUGAGAUUGAUGAUUUAAAAAAAAAAAUUGCUAUUUUUAAUGGUAGAAAUGGAAGAAAGGAACUUUAAGAAAGUGGAUUCCCCUAAGAAGGUGCUCAUCAAAUGUGUUCCCCCAUUCUGGCAUUUUGUUGGCUGAUAGUAGGUAAUUGGAAGUCAUUCAAGAUAUCCUUAGAGUGUUGUAAGUUUUUCAGGAUUUUUAAUAAGUAAAUUUUGCAUAUGCAGCAGGUUUUAGGGCCCUGUGCUUAAUGGGAUUUAUGGUAGAUGUACUUUGCAACAGACCAGAGGUGGACAUAGGUGAGAGCUCUGCUUCUUCCUUGUCCUCCUGGGGCAGUCCUGGCCUAAAGAUAUGGGACAAAAUAGACAGAGAAAUGCUUAUGUAGUGAUUUCAUUUCCUUUACAGAGAAUCUCCUGAUGUUUUGAGUAAAAGUUUGAAUGUGUUUUUCUUUUGACCAAAUAUACUACAUUAUCUGUGGGUGUAUUGUUUCACUUCAACUAAGGUUGAGUGCCACCAAUCUGCUGGUUUUGUCUCCAUGUUAGAAGAAGUUAAUGGUGAUGAUGGUUGUGAUACUGACUAUUUUUACUCUGUGGGUAAUGAUUUGGCUUCUUUGUAUCCAAAAUACUUUGGUAUUUUUAGUAUAUCUUCAGUGAGACUGACAUCCUACCAUAGCACUGGCAUGCUGUAAGAUUGCAGUCAGAGGUGGUAAUGACAGCCCUGUGGUUCAAUGACAUGUUUUGAAAAGCUCAUAGAGAUGUUAGCUUGCAUUUUCUAAAAAGUCAAAUACUAACUUUAAAAAGUAAGUGUAAGAUACUAAAAAGAACUGUCUUAUUUCUGUUUGAACAAAGCACAGAAAGCAGAGCCAUGAACACUCCUCCUGCUUUAGUUAGCUGAUAGCUAUGAACAGAAGAAUUUCCAUCAUGCUGCUCAUUUGAAACUGGGUUAGCCUUACAUGGCUCUUAAAAUCCUUUCGUGUUUAAUUUUAAUUACAGUUUAACAGGACAGGUAGACCAUGUCUCUGGGAGCAAUGGGCUCAGUACUUCACAUAAAGGCAGGGUAACCAUCCUGAUGCUACAAGUCACAUUUCCAGAGCCCAGUGGCCCAUGCCACUGGAGUCAGAGAAGAACUGAUAGUGGCAGUGGCUUCUCAGAGCACCUGGUGAGAAGGCACCACAUUUUGUUGGAGGAGGCCAAGCAAAACCAAUGCAAGUGUAGUGUACCAGGUGUAAGAUCUUGACAGCGGUGCCUCUUAAAACGGUUUUGGUUUAAGAACGUUUCUGGCAAGGAUACUCUCUAAAAGGGAGUCAGUGGCCCGAGCCAAACACUUAACUGCUCUUGGAGUCUCUAAAAUCUGCUUUUAAAAAGGGCAAUUCCAACUGCACAUAUUUCCAGUGCCCAGGGAGCAGAUGGUGGACCCAUUUUGGUAAUGAACACCUUCAGCUUUGUCCAGCCUGUUGUCUAGCAACCUCCUCAGGCUUAAAAUAUAAAUCUUUUAUUCUCUCAUUGGUUUGUCUUCCUAAGAUAAGCAGCUGUAUUCUGGGCCUCUGGGGUGCCUCGGCUGGCCAGUUCAAAAUAGGGUCUGGGGGUAACAAAGCUGUGGAUGACUGUAGUGGUGUCUGCAUCUGAGAGAAAGCAGUUGUUUGGCAGGCUGGAGAUAAGACGCACAGCUAUUAGCUGCCUGAUAGAGUUUCACAGGACUCUUAUUUCAGUCCAUUUUGGUGUCAGGAAGGCAGACGCUUUCAAUAAAAAGAGUGCUCAUAGAUUUUAUUGGGGCAUUCAAAUGCUUCCAGUUCCCAGCUGUCAUCAGCUCCACUUUAGUCAUAUAGUUGUCACUUUAUCCCUCUGUCUGCGACAGGUCUUGAGAGAAGAAAGAUACUGAUUUGUUAAGCUUUAAUGAAAAGGAGACUCAUUCACAUUUCCAGACACUUUUAGUUUUACUCACACAAAUGAAUCCCAGCAAAGUAAAAUAAAGUCCAUCCACGGGUACAUGAUAAAUUAAUAAGAAACUAUUAUUCAGAUACAUAUGAGGAGACCUUGUAGGCUGUGAGGGAUGGAAUUUCCUGAAGGCAGACCGGAGCAGUUCCAAACCAGUCCCCGAGUGUGUACAGAAAUGAAAGCCUGUGUACUUAGGAAAGCACAACUUCUUCAUCCUAUCUGCUGAGGCAGAGCUGAUCUCUGAUGCUGUCAGCAAGGCUGGAAAGGUUAUUUUUCAGUCUUUUAUUAGGAAAUAUUUAUCUGUGUAAUUUCAUUAUUCAACUGUAUCGGUGCCCAAACAUUGCCACCUAUCAAUCAGCAACUUCACCAGGGAUAUCCUUCCCAUCAAUGCAUUUUUUUUUCAAACUGAAGUUUGAUUUUUUGCUUGUUCAGUUAUUUACAGUUCUCACAUUAUCAACUCAGCAAAAAUUAAUUAACUGGUGAAAUCUCAAUCUGUUAAUGAAAAAAAAAUGUUUAAAAACAUUUCUCUUUGUACCUUCAGAAGAAUACUGCUUUCUCUGUGUUAAAAGUUACACUGUUAAACCGGUCCUAAAUAUUUGCCAGUCUCCUAAUUAGACGCCUCUUCAAGUUGAUGCAAACUCUAGUCCCAUCCUCUUGAAGCAGCUUUCGCUUUCUGUUGAAGGCCAAGUAAGAAGACUCACAUUUGGCACUGUGUGCUUUGCAGCUCCUGAACAAAACAGGCUAUGCUGAAAACAAAAGCUCAGCUUUGACUCUUACUCCACUGGCUCAAGUUAGUUCCAGCCAGAUCCUUAAUGUUACUUUAUCUGCAAGUUUUUUUUUAUGUGAUCAAUGCCAACUCUGUUGGGCAAAUACAGGAUGCAUAGGGAUUUAAAAAAAAUCCAGCUGCCAACAAGAAAAAGUGCUUUGUAACCACAGUUUGGAAUGGAAACAAUUUUCUAAGAUACAGAUCAAACUGUGUUUAUAGACUCAACUAUUGGCAGCUUUUCAUCAGGCUAUUUCCUGUGUGCCUAUUGCAUAGAGGAAUAAUCUAAAUGCUUAAACUAACAUUUAAAACCAUACAGAACAUGAAGGAAAUACUGUGUGAAGCAGCAUGGAAAACACAAUGAUGUUGAACUUUCUUUUGUUUCCAUAGCUAAUACUCAUGGGAGAAGGCAGUAAGUACUGCACACCAAAUGCCAGUACUCCAGAUCUUUGCAGGAUUUGGUCCUUACUCUGGCCAGUACCUACUUUCUACUAAUAUUGUUUUAAUUGCUAAAAGGAAAUAUCCAAGUAACAAAAAUUUUCAAAAAUGCCUCCUAAAUUACAGGAACUUGCUAAAAGUUACAUACAGUUACUUUAAGUGAAGCAAGUUAUUAUUCCUUAGGAAAGUAAUUCAGAUAAUCUAAGGCACAUGUAGACAGAAGGAAUCUGUUUUCCCAUUAAAAUAGGUGGAAAAUCUGCAGGUCUGAAGAUAACAAUCAGGGUAGUUGUAGACUGGUUUGCUCAGUUUGAAAUGGUUGCAACAACUUUCUCUUGCAGAAAAUCCCCAGAAUUAAGCUGCUAGCUGUUUGAAUCUGUUUGGUGUUUUUAAAUGGGGCAAAUUUCCUCUCCCAGACUUCAAAUGCGUGUCCUUUGCUUCAGGCAUCCAAGUGCUCGUGGCACAGCUAACCCCCUGAUAGCAUCAGUAAGGUCAGUGCAGUCAAGCUGUGGUGCCCAUGCAGAAUUUUAACAGAAUUUUGUUGCCGGUGUUCUGCUCGGCUGGACUCCAUUCCUUCUAUCCAAGCCAUGUCUCAGCUCCAGUAGAGUUGGGAGAGUAAUUUAGGUUGGAUGGGACCUCUGGAGACUCUCUGGUCAGCCCCAAUACACAGUGGGAGCUGCGUAAGUGAGCUUGGCCGGGGCCAGACAAGUUUCCAGUGUCUCCAGGACAGAAUUCCCACAGCUUCUCUGGGAAACCUGUUUUGGCAUCUGAUUAUGAGAUGCACAACAACAACAAAAAAAACCCCAUAACAUUUGUUUAUACUUUUCUUCUUUAACUGUAUUCUUACAGAUCAGUUCUGGGAGGCAUAGUAAAAGGCUUAGCUUUACAUACCGAUUCCAGCCUGGAAAUCAAAGGGGUUUGUUGGGAAUGAAAGCUUAACUAUCUCAACAGGUAAGAUCUGGUUAGAGGAGGUGGCUCUGGACUUUUCCUUUACUUGGGCCUAUGGGUAAUGAAGAAAAUGUAAUUGUGAAUAAUCUGCUGGAGAUAAAUGUGCACAGAUUAAUUGUGCACAGCGAGUGUGCUGUCAGAAAAGCAUUGAUAGUUUUGGUUUUAUGCAUUUCUUGCAUGCUACUUUACCCGAGAUGCAGUUCAAAAUCCAGUCCACAGAUGCUGCAAAUGCAGCUGCCAAAGGGGGCAGGAUCUGACCCUCCAGCAGGGACAGAGGCCAGAAGACCUCUUGGGACUUGCAGCUCUUCCUCUGCACAGCAGAGUAUUGGGACCCUCCCAGCCACCGCCAUCUCUUCUGGGAUUUUUCCCAACCAAAGGCAUUCUGGGAUGGUUUUACAUCUUGCUCUGAAACUUGUACACAGGUAUUUCACAAUAUAUGUAUUUAAAGCAAUGCAAAUGAUUUCAAAUGACAGGAUGGCCAAAUGGCAUUUCAAGUUGUUGCACUGUUAACAUAUGAUAACUAUUGUGAGAUUUAUUUUAGAUGAAGAGAAGUCAUAACUACUCUGUAAUGAGUUGUUUUUACAGUUUAGAAAUACAGGUAUUACUGGGUUACUACUGGUAUCUUACAUAUAAAGAUUCAAAAUCUUAAUCUAAUUUUGUUCUUCAGGAAGACUUAAUUUCAGCUGAGCAAAUUAUUAAACCCCCUUCAAAAUUUGGUAAGAGAGGAAAUCUGUGAGUAUGUGCAACAUUCAUGUGCUGCAGUUGCUUUCUCUAGAACUGAACGAGCACUUUCUUUGGUCCAGUAUUUGAGGCAGUGCUGUGCAGGAUGCAUGGAAUGCCUGCCUGCUCCCGGCUACCUUCUGCAGGGAGGUGACAGCCAACCUACAACCAAUGGGUAGGAGAUGGCAAUGGGUCCUCUGUUCUCACCCACAACAAGACAGAUGCAUUGCCUAUGUUUGUAAGGUACGUCACAUAAAAAGCUGCAAAAUACAGUCCUGAAGCUGUUUAUAAUGAAAUUAAAUGCAGGAGAUGUAGAGCCAGGUAGAAGUUAAUGAACAAAACUGUCUCAGUACUUUAUCUUGGUAAAAAAAUCAAUGUCAUAUAAUCUCCUAAGUGUGGUUUUGAAGGGCUGUGCGUUUGCUAAUGGAAUUAAUGUAGGAUGUGGCUGAGCAGCUCGUACACCAAAACUGAAUUUUUUGCCCACUUCAGCAGCCUCAGCGCAUUAUUCGCUCUGUCCUAAUGCUGUUUGUCUUCCACCUGUGUGGCAUUUUGGCUGGGAUAGCAAGGGCUACUAACAUCGAGGCCGACUCCAUCCCGAUUCGCUGGCAUCACACCGCUGAGGAGCUGCUGCUCUCCACACGUCAGGCCUGAGGGAACCGUGGAAAACCUGCCGGGAAGCGAGAGCUGCCACAUGCACGGCCUGAGCCCAGCGGGAAGAUAUAAGUUUGCAGCCUACAGAUUUGUUUCUUUGGGGGCGGUGUGUGUGGGGGGAAGAACAUCAAGGGAAAAGAAGUAUGUAAAACA